AUGUCCUCUAUCAAAGUAUCUUACAACGGCACUAUUCGCAAGAUAACCAUCCAAAACAAGUCUUGGUUGUCUCUUGAAGAACAGAUUCGACGUGCCCAUGCACUGCCAAGCGGUCAACUUUUGGUGACUUAUAUUGAUGAAGAAUUUGACCCUAUUGCUAUUGAUUCCGAUUCUGAAUUGUUGGACUUUUUGAACCACUAUUCAAACUCUAAAGUACCAAAGCUGAACGUCAAUGUACGAGAUCCUGACUCUGACUCCUUUGAAGUCGUCUCCAACGAUGAGGUAGCAAAGGCCACUGAUGCUUCAUCAAUCAAAUCUUCUCUUCCCGCAUACUCUGAGUCUACUGUUAUAGUGGCUCCAGUCAUUGAUAUCGACGUCGAUAGCUCAUCCGUCCACUCUGCCGAAGAAAAGGGCAAGCUGCCACUGUACCCUACCAUAGACGCAGAAGCCGAAGCAUCUCGAGGUACAGCUUUCGAGAAGUCACAGGCUCUUCGUCAAGCCGAAGAAGAAGCCGCAGCCAUCAAACUCAAGGCCGAAGAAGAAGCUGCUGCAGCCGCCAUCAAAGCCAAGGCCGAAGCCGAAGAACGAUUCCGUCGCGAAGUAGAAGAACUUGCAGCCAAACGUAAAGCAGCUGAAGAAGAGGCUGCUCGUAAAGCUGCAGAAGCUGAAGCUGCAUACCAGGCUUUUGUUGGACAAGUUCAACCACUGAUUGAACAGACUAUUGCUCUAUUGGAAGAAAAUCCACAGUAUAUUGGUCGUCUCUUGAAUGAAUCCAACUCUAACUUGGCUUCUCGUGGAUUUGGUCUGUUGCUCUCUGGUGGUCCCACAGCUACUCCCGCUCCGUCUUGUGGACGUCGUCAGGCUUAUCAUGGUCAUCACGGUCACGGUCAUCAUGGGCCAUAUGGAAAACGUGGAGGCCGUUGUGCUCGUCGUGCCAAUGGAGAUGCUCCUGAUAAUCAACCAGCUGUCUGGUCUACAGUAACUUGUGACAGUUGUGGAAAAUCUGGAUGGGCUGGAGAAAGAUUUGUGUGCCUGAACUGUCCCGACUUUGACUUGUGUGGUGAAUGCCACACUCGUGCUGGUGAAGUCCACAAUGAUAGUCAUGUAUUUGAACGAUUAGCUGAUCCUUCAGUACGCUGGUAUGGAGUCGCUUGUGACGGAUGUGGCCGUAACAGCUUCCCCGGAUCUCGCUUCAUAUGCACUUCUUGCCCAGACUAUGAUUUGUGUGCUCGUUGUCACGAAAGAUCUGCCUCUAUCCAUGACACUACUCAUAAAUUUGAAAAGAUUGCUGAUCCAGGUGCUGUACAUAAGCAAGUCAGCUGCGAUGGAUGUAACGCUCGCAACUUUGGUGGUCCUCGUUUCAAAUGUACUCACUGUCCAGAUUUCGACUUGUGUAUCCGAUGCUUCACCAAGGGUUUGGCACAUCCAGAAAAGCACCAAUUCCGUAAAAUUGAACUCAACGUUGCUCGAUCUCCUGAAUUGGUUACAUUGGCCAGUCCUGCUCCACGUGGUGCUGCUGAAGGAACUUCUGGAGUAGACCCUCGAAUCGAUCUUCUCACUAGUAUAUUCGGUACAACGUUCCCUGAAUCUGCUCUCCAGGAGCUACUUGCUCUGCAUGGAUCUGUCGAACGUGUAGUAGAAGCAUUGUUGGUUUGA